AUGACCCUCGUUUCUUCUUUCCAGCAGCACGUGAAUCGACCCACCGUUCCAUCUCCCAACAGCGUCACUGCCACACACCAAGCAUCGCCGAGUCUUUCAAUGGAGUUAUACUACGGUGCCACUUCCAACUUUGCCUUGAUGCAAACAAUAUACCGCGACAUCAUUCCGGGUUACACAGGGGUACCACGAUCGCAGACAAGUGAAGUCGAAGAUGGUGGCGCCGGUCUGGACAUGUUCCAGUUCCGUUCCAUCUUCUUUGGCAUUCCUGACAAUGGACGAGACCCUUCGAGUCAAGCGGGACUGGCCAGUCUCUCCGGAGGAUUUAUAUCAUAUUCAUUGGCAAAGCAACUACUGGAUUGUUUCCUGGAAACCCUCUACCAUCUGGUGCCUUUCCAGCCGCGGGCGCUCUUUGAACAGCAAUUGGAUGAUCUGUACAUAACCACAUUGCACACGCCACGGAACCCGUCUGGAAAGCAUAUUGUCCUUGCUGCUAUCGCCAUAGCGGCUCUGAACACUGAGCACUACCUCCUGGCGGACGCCCUAGUUUCCAAAAUCAAAAAUGAGACGGCUGCUUUGGCAGAUAUCGUUAAUAUCGAGACCGUGCAAACUUCUAUUAUCCUGAUGAAGCACGCGUAUUUUCAGAAUGAACGAGGCAGACCCAACUCUGCAUAUCUCGAGAUUGGAACAGCCGUGAGGAAGGCAGUCUCUGCGGGUUUCCAUAAACCCGCGGCUGCACACGGGGACUGUCGUGAAGUUAUCCAACGGACAGUCUGGUGCCUUUACAUCUGUGAAACGCUAAUGGCUUUCUUCUUGGGACGACCCAGCAGCCUCCCACGAGCAAAGAUCGAGAUCCCGCUCCCAGUCGAUCCCUUUCUGACCUGCUUGGUUCACCUAUCCCAGAUCAUGUCGCGAACAGUCGAAGACAUGUACGAAAGGCCACAUGGCUCGUUUCUUGCAAUGGAGAAGACGGCAGCUGCGAUUCUCUCUGAUUUGCGGCAAUUCGAAUCUAUCAUGCAGCGCUGUAUGGGGUUUGGGCUGCACACUGCCACAUCCAACCAGGGGCAGGGGGUGUGCCAGAUCAUGCUUAGCUCUUUAUAUAAUCACACCGUUCUCUUAACCUAUCGACCUUUUCUGAUUCUUCGAGGGCGAUGGCGGCAAAAGACAAAAGCACUAUGCCGGGAAACACAGUCCAACCACCAUGUGGACAAACCAGGAACUCCUGUGUGGUUGGAUGCAACCUGUAGCUCCGCCGUCAAUGCUGCCUAUGCCUUGAUUGAUCAUAUUGCGCGAACCUCUCAUCAAAUUCCGACCGCGAAGGAACUCCGAUACCACGGCUUCUUCCUCGGGAGUGCGGUCUUUGCGCUAAUAUAUGAUAUGCUGCACGAUACGAAUCUGGCUUCCCUUCAUCUUCCACGCAUCAAAAUGGGGCUCCGAUGCCUUUACAGUAUGCGAGAAGGGGAGCCGAUAGCAAGUACCAUACGAGCGAUUGAACUGGCCUUGAAUAAACUAGGCUUGGAAGCCACAACCAAUCACGAGAAGGUCUGUACACCUGCAGAGGGGGCUGCGAAUUAUCCUUCUGUGUCAGAGUCGACAGGAUUCCCUGGUAUGGAAAAAGACCAAAGACUGCCUGAUUCUGUGACUACAUUGGCAGCCUCUCAAUCGGCGGGUAGAGCACCACCUCUCGACCUAGCAUUUGUGGACGAAAUGGGUACCUGGGAGCCAGGGUGGAAUCUCAAUCCGUCUAUUGUGAAUAUGGAAGGGUUCUUUACCUGGCCUAUGUUGUACUAG